AUGUCUGCGGCGUCGAAGCCGCCACCCACUACUGGAGACGCUACAGCCGCUGCUGCUCCGAGCAGCGCCUCCAGAAGUGCCUCACCUUCCGCAGCGACAGCAGAGGGAGCUGCAACAAAUGCAGCGGCCGUCGAGACAGCCUCCGUAUCGACUGUCAAGAGGGCUGCCCUCGCUGCCCUAAGGACUGCGGAAGUCGCGCCUUCCAAACGUCUCGCCUCCACGCAAGACUCUUCAUCACAGCCGCGUCGGCCUGCGCUGUCUGAGCAGCACCAGGAAACACCCGCCUCCUGCCCCCCUGCCGCAUCCCCAGGCGCAGCCUCGCCUGUUUAAGCGUCCUCAGCAGCAGAAGCACAAAACGCAAAUGCCUUUCUUCCCAUGGGGUCACCUGCACCGCCACGUCGCAUCCAUCAGCAGCUCGAAGGAAGCCUGCUAGGCCAGCCGGCAACGCCCCUUGCCUCCGCUCGAAGGAGGCUGCCUGCUGGAGCAGCGAGUUGCGACAGUGCAGCCGCGGAAGUCUGCGCGCUAGAAGCUGUCCCUCUCCCCUUUCGGAAGGGCUUUAGGCGCGUGGCUGGAGCAGCUGGCCUCCUCAGGCUGCCACAGCUGUCGCAGCUCUUCGGCUUGCUAGGAGAUCUCAGAGCGCCUCUCCCUUUGUUGCAGAUUGUGGGGCCUGCAGGCAGCGGCAAGAGCUUUCUGAGUCGGCUGCUGAUGAGCGAGUGCAGUGUUGCCCACGGAUAUGCAGAUGCUGCGACAGCCGCAGCAGUGGAUGGAUCGGCAGGCCGUCAUCUGCUGUACUUGGACCUUCUGCGGAGUCUCGCAGUCUCUCUGAAGGAGGAAGCGGAAGCGUGCUGUGCGCCUCUGUUAUUGGCGCAGCAGCAGGAGCAGCAGAGCAGGGGAGAGGCAGGGGCCGCGGGAGACGCCGCCGCCUCGUCGGAGAUGCAGCAGCACUUCGCCGCGCUGAAGCAGCAGCUCAAGCUGUUGCAGCAGGAGUGCAGCAGAGCAGCGAAGACGGGAGUAACUACCCCGGACGGCUUCGUGGAGUCUCUGGGGAGGCAACUUGCAGCUUCAGCGGCAGUUCUCGCUGCUGCGGCAAGUGCAGGGGUCGCGGCAUGCGGAUGGGAAGGCGCAGAUGCGGCGCAGCAUGAAGCUCGAAGCAGGGCAUCAAGGAGUGCAGUGCUACUGGUGGAUGGGAUGCAGCCUCUGCGCCAGCUGAUGCCAGAGCUGCUGCAAGCCUUUCUGAGGCUUCCUGAGCUUUUGUAUGGAGGCGCUACUGCAGCAUCAGGGGGGGAAAGCGGCACCAGGAGCUGCCGAGGUGUCUGUGUGAUUCUGAUAUGCCGAAGGCCUCUGGCUCCAGAGGCUUUGGAUGGUCUUCCUCCGCCCCCCCAUGUGCUGUUUCGAGCGUACGAUCGAGAUGCCGCUUCCUUUGUACUGCAGCGCAGCUUCCAGCAGCUGGCGCUGCCUCUGCUGCAGGUAGCUCUUGAAUCUGCUCCCCCCAACUUCCCGUUUUCUCUGCGGAUGCAGUGGUGCCUCCCCGACCCCGCUGAUCAACUGGCGCAAGGCGGUGCAGCGGCAGAGGCGGCAGUCGAAGAGGAGAGCGGAGUGUGGUUGGUUUCUGCGCAGUCUGGAAAAGCAGACGUGUUGGCCAUAUGGCGGAAAUUCUGCGGGGAUGUUUGCCGCUGCCUUUAUCAGCAUGCAGCGAGUGAUUUCUGGCAGCUGCGAUUUUUGUGUAGAGAGCUUUGGAGCCAGGCGCUGCAGCUGCUGCUGAGGACGCACCAGCUGGGCUCCCUCGAUUUGCUGCAUGAGCAGCUGCGCAGCAGCUGUGCUGCUGCCGCUGCCGAGCCGUUUUCUCGCUUGCUGCCAGAUCUCGUGGACUGCAGAGUCAGCAGCGCAGCAGCAGCCAGCUUCUGGGGAGGGCACUUGGCCGCAGCAGACAGUGCUGCACGGCUGUUGCAGUUGCCGCGGCUGGCGCGUCUCCUGCUGGUCGCUGCAUUCCUCGCGGCAUACACCCACCGGAAAGACGACAAGAGGCACUUGGAGGAUGCAUUUGGCAGCGGCUUGAUGCUGAGAAGACGCAUCAAGCCGCGGAAGGCCCCUGAAGGGGCCUUUGUUGUGCUUCAUGGAGGGGUGUGCGUGCCAAAGGCAUUGCCCAAGACGUUUUCGCUGAUGCGCUGGCUGUGCUUAGCCGAGAUGCUGCAGCGCCAGCCUCUGGUAUUGGAGUGUCCUUCUCUCCUGCAGCAUGUCAGCUGCCUCCUCCGACUGGGUCUGGUGGCUGUCCAUACACCCGCGCUGCUGCUGCAGCAGCGAGCAGCUGCUGCUGGCGGGGGACUCACCUGGCUGCACACUGCGGGAUGGCUCGUUCACAAAACUAGGGAGGCUCGUAGUAUUCCGGCGGCAGCGGCUGCGGCUGCUGCUCGGGUUGCAGCUUCAGGGGGAGGAGUUUCUGGGGGCGGCUCUGAUCUCCUGCAUCCUUCGGCCAAACUGACCCUCCUCGCAGACACGGAGGUGGUUGUUGGUGCGGCUCAGAGCCUUAAGCUAAAGCUAGACGAGCUACUGUAA